AUCACUUUUCAUGUCAUAUCCUCCCUUACUCUCGUCUGGUGCUUUAUAAUCAUCCUUGAUGUUGCGCUUAUACUAGCAGCAAAAAGUAUCGAUUUGUGAAGGAUGCAGAGGACGUUCCCGUCGCGAAAGGGUUGGCACACCUCAUCAUCGGAAGACGAAAACGACGAUUCCUCAACUGCGGAUUCAGAUGCAGAGGAAAAUUUACAGGAGAAACCCUCAACCCUAAUCUCCAAGGACGAACCUUCUCGUGCUGUGAGUUGGAAGCGGAAGAGAAAGGUAAUAGACUUCGAAGCUCUCAGAAAGCAUGGAUAUAGAGGUGGAUUAUCAGUUUUGAAAGUGCCGGAACCAAAGGAGGAAGAUGAGCAGAAGCACGAUUGGUCGUGGUCAAAAGGAAAAGAUGCACGUGAAAAGGAGAAAGAGGAAACUUAUCAAGAUCGGUUGAAGACUAGGGAUGCACUUUUCGAAGCAGAGCAAUUGGUUCAUGCUCGCACCCAGAAAGAGAAGAACCUUUCUUUCUCACAGAAAGAAAAGAGGAAGAGGGAUAUGGGGCAGGCUAGCAGAGGGAAGAGCUAUGUUGAAGAGGAGAAGAGGUUAUUAAGAGAGAGUGGCAUUUACUCAGGUUUUGAUUCUUGAUCCAUUUCACUUCGGUCCUUUAUAAAGAAAAUGUUAUCUUUAACUUGUUAUCAGUUCUAGUUUUUCCUCCAUAGGUUUCUUGGAAAUUUGGAGUGUUCUACGAAAUACCAAUCCUGUGAAACCUUUAAACAAAGAUGUACGUAUGUGUUACUAUUGCUUUUAUAGUUAUAGGUUUGUCUUCAUCUAAGAUCUUUGGAUCUAU